AUGAGGGCCACUCAAAAGACCUACCCAGCCACAAUGCGAUCAAGCUGCACUAUAUUCGUCGCUGCAGUUGCGCUUCGUGCCAUGUAUCAUGCCGAUACGACAGCAAGUUCGUCCGAAAUUUCCCCUUCAAAUCUGGCCGAUACAGCAAUGUCGAGGGAUGUUACUCCCGUGCGAUUCCUGCGACACGUUUCUAAACAACCUAUCGCUAAGGACUUGAUAAAUGAAGAAAGGUCCCUCGAACCUUUUUCCAGAAGAUUCAAUCACGUUGUCGACUAUAUUCGUGAGAGGUCCGAAGCGCAGAAGAUAAUAACAACACAACCCACAAGCGUCAAUUUCUCUAAACGAGACGAUUUUCCUAAUCUUAAGCUAGCUGUAGACAUCUCACGCGUUAAACCUCCUGUUAAACCUCCUAACAAGUGA